GUUAAUCUUGCUGUGUGAUUAUUGAUGUAAAAGUCUUUAGAUAUUUGUCAAUUUCAUUAAAAAGUAGGAAUUGCUGUAGAAUGCUUGAUAAGAGAUGAAAGCAAUUAUUAAAUUUUAUGUGAAAAUUGCCUAGCUGAGAAAACCAAUAAUAAAAACAUAUAUUUAUUGAAAGACGCAGAAUUAGUAUUUGAAUAAUUUAGAUUGAAAUAUUAAAGCAUAUUUGAGGAAGAGUAGGCUGGUAAAAUAAUGGAAUUAAAAAAUAUGCAAGCAAUAGUUUAGAGAUUGUAGAAUCAUUUUUCUUAAGUAUUUGAUUCAAUAAAUAUCUAAAUAAAUGAAAGAAUAGAAUUGAUUGGUCCAAUAUUGGAAUCAGAAUUUACGUAAAAUGGAAAGUAAGAAAAUUGUAGCGCAAAUUUAAAUAUAAGAGAUUUUGGACAAUUAUUAACUGAAUAAUUAUUAAGUUUUGAAGUUUUGAAGAAGAAAAGUUAAGAAUAGAGUUUUAUAGAAUUUUAUAAUUAAAUAUAACAUGAAAUAAUGAGAUUGUAAUAGAGUGAUAUUUUAAACGAGUGUUUUGAAUCUUUAAUACAGAUAGAUGAUAAAAGAAAGAUGUAAUUUAUAGAUAGAAAUGAAAUAAUUAUUGAAUUGUAUAAAGGAAAUAUUUAAGUAAGUUUAUAUUGAAAUAUUUUUAAAAGAGGACUCCAAAAUUAGAUUUGAUUUGUUAAGAACACGAAAAAGAAAUCAUAUUAUUUGAUUUAAAUGAAUAACAAAAAAGAGAAAAAAGGGCAAAGUGUGUUGAAUGUGAUCCAUGUAUUUUUACUUCAUUAACGAAAUGUUAGAAUAUGUGGAGUAAUUAUGAAAGACAACAAUCAGAAAUAAUGUAUAAGUUUUAUAAAUCGAGAAAAUCACAGAUAGGAAUAAUAUAACAAUAGUUAUUUUUUUUAAAGAGUUCUUUUAUUGAAAAAAUCAAUAAUAUUGUUUUAACAUUAAAUGAGAUAAUGGCAAUUACAGAAUAAGAGAUAUUCUCAAGAUUAAAUAGUAUGAAUAAAAAUUGGAAUUCUAUGACUUUAAACGAAAUUUUAAAUAUUGCUGAAGUUUUGAGUAAACCAGAGGAGAUUAAAUUGAAUUUAAUAGAAAUGGAGAUAAAAUAUAAAAUGGAAAAUUUGAAUUUUGAUAGCAUGUUUUAAAACAGCAUAGAAGAAAUUAAUAAUUAAAUAAACUAAUUAAAUUUAAAUUUCAUACAUAAAUUGAAUGACAAUAAGUAAAUUAAUAAAUCACCAAAAAAUAGUGAGGUAUAGAAGGAACUAUCAAAUAGCAUUAAAAAUGAUAAUAAUUAGAUUUAAAUAAGAGAAGCAAAAUCAGAAUAAAGGAUUAAAAAAAUAAAUGGUCAUAUUAAAUCAUUAGAAGAAUGGCGGAUUCUUUAAUUAAAAUGGUCUGAUAAAUAUAUUGAUUAUUAAGUAUUUUUUACUAAGAAAUAGGCUGAAUGGUGUAAUGCAAUAGCUUUUAACAAAGAAGGUAAUAUUAUGAUAGCUGGAUGUAUAUUUUCUAUAAAAAUAUUUGAUUUUUUAAAAGGAAGGAUUGUGUAAACAUACUAAGCUUAAUAACAUACAGGAGAUAUUAAUUGUUUAUUAUUCAGUAAGAAAAUCAAUUAAUUUAUUUCUGGAAGUGAUGAUAAUACUAUUAUAAUAUGGACUUAAGUUGAUUAGAAUAAAUGGAAAAGCUAAGUUUUAGAAGGACAUAAAGGUUGGGUUUUGUGUUUAACUUAGACAAUAGAUGAAUAAUUAAUCAUAUCUGGAAGUAGAGAUCAUACAAUUAGGGUUUGGAUGAAAGUUUAAGAUGGAUUUAAAUGCCAAUAAGUUUUAGAAUUUCAUUCUGAUUCAGUUUAUGGUCUUUCAUUAAAUAAAUCGGAAUCAUUUAUGGUAUCUUGCAGUUAGGAUAAGUGUAUUAUAGUUUGGGAAAUUAAAGAAGAAUUCAAAAUGGAAAAAAAAUAAAUAAUUGAAUAAGAUACAUAUGGUUAUAGAAUCCUUUUUAUAAAUGAUAACUAAUUUUUGUGGUAGCCUUAUAAUUAAAACAUCCAUAUAUAUCAAUAUGAUUCCGAAAUAUCUUCUUUUUAGGUUUGUAAACAUAAUAUUUAAUAAGUUUUAGCAGAAGAUGACUAUCAAUAUUUUCCAUCAUAACUCCUCACAACCAAAGGGGUUUUCGCUAAUAUACAUAAUAAAUAUUUAUACAUCAUUAAAUAAUUAAAUGAUGAACAAUUUGAAAUGCUUUAGAGAAUUGAUUUUAAUGAUUAUCGUUAAUUUGGAGCAUUUACAGAGGAUGGGGAAUAUCUAGUUACAUGGAACUAUACAAAAAGUGAAUUUUAAAUUAGAAAAAAUGUUGGGGUUUCAAAAGCUUAAUGGUGA